AUGGUUACAUCAACGGAUGUAUUAAAUAUGGUACAACAAAAUAGGAAUAAUAAUAAAAGUCAAGAGGAUGACGAAGAAAUAGAUAUUAUGAACGAUAGUGAUGAUGAACAACAUGAAGCUGUUAAUAAUAAUGAAAGUAAUAGUGGUUUAACACCAAUGUUAAUUGAACAGCAACAGCAACAGCAACAACAUCAACAUCAACAAAAUCAGCAACAACAAGUAUCAGUAGAUACUGCUACUAAUAAUAGUUCAUCAUCAUCUAUAUCUUCACCUUCGACUAUAACAUCACCCUCGAUAUUUUCAACACACAAACCACUAUCUCUGCGGAAAAGCCAAAAUAAAGUGAACACGAAAACAGCCGCCACCAACAACACAACACCAAAUAAGAAACCAACAUCUUCAAAGAAAAAGAAGAAUAGCAGUAACCACAACUCUGAUAUUUCAGAUGAAGAGCAAACAAUUAUAAUACAUUCAAAAGAAGAUGUUGGUAAUUUUCAAAAUGAUGAUCAUGACAGUAGUAAUGGUAAUGGUUUGGAUACAACGACGACCACUACCACGAUGAAUCACGAUAGUUAUCAAGAGAGGAAAAAGAGAAUGGCAAAGAAGAGAAAGGAGAAAGAGACCGGCGGUGAUUCAUAUGAACAGGAUGAGUCGACUACUACGACGACAACUACGACAACCAACAAUGUAAAUAGUAACAACGGCAGCAACAACAGCAAGAGAAUGAAGAGUAGCAGUAGUAGUGUUCAUGGUAGUAGUGCUACCGACGAUGGAACCGACGGUGAAAUCGAUAUCAGCGGUGAAGAUGCCGACAACUCCAAUUUCAACUUAAACAGUCUCGGAAUGAUUAAAAUCGAUAAUAUUCUAACGAAAUCAUUACAACAACAUUUAUUAUCGCCCUCUCAACAUAAUCAACACCAACAACAACAACAACAACAACAACAAAAUGUACCAUCUAUAAACAAUAAUAACAGCAACAACAAUAAGAAAUUGAAAAAGAAGAAAAAGUCAACUAGUAGCAGUAGCAGUAGUAGUAGUAAGAGUAGUAGUAAAAGUAAAAAGAAUAGUAGUUCUAGUAGUAGGAAGAAAAAGAAUUCUACACAUAUUUUCAAUAUAACUAGCUCAACUUCUAACAAUAAUAAUACUACAACUACAUCGGACGAUAGUUCGGAUAUGGAGAUUAAUAUCAAUACGUCGGAUAGCGAUGAUGAAGAGUCGAAUGCAGUACCAAUUGCAAACGACGAUGAGGAUAUCUUGAUAAAUAGUAUCGAUGACUCUGACUCGGAGAACGACGAUUCCGACUUUGACUCUGAAAGUGUUGAUCAAUCCGACUCUUCCACUGCAUUCAACAUGGACGAAACAAUGGACUCUGACGAUUCCAACAAUGAAGAUGAACAGCAACAACAGGCAAUCGAGCUGAAAAAGAAAAAAUCAACAAAGAGGCGUGAAAAAGAUAAAGAUAAAGAUAGAGAUAGAGAUAAGAAAUCAAGUAGUAGUAAAGAUAAAGAUAAGAAGAAAAAGAAGAAGUCAUCAAGUAGUAGUAGUAGAAGCAGCAGUAGUAGUUCUAGUUCCAGAAAGAAACAAAGACAACUAUUGCUUCAACAACAACAGCAACAAUAUGAACAACAACAACAACUUCAACAGAGUCAACAACAGCAACAACAGUUACAACAGCUACUACAACUGCAACAACAUCAUCAUAACAACCAACAAUUAAUACAACAGCAGCAGCAACAACAGCAACAACAACAGGAAGAUAUCCAACAACCAAUUGAUAUAGAUAAUCCAUUCCUCUCACCUAUGCCAAUACAACCAUCCAACAGUAUCAGUAGUAAACUCUCUACUUAUACCUCACAAUUUCACCCGUUUGAUCCACACACUUUGCAAACACUCUCCUUUUUAGCACCGUUUUCACCGAUGGCAUUUCCAAUGCCACUGGCAUCACCCAUCUCACCAGGUGUACUUGAUUUCGCACCACUUUCACCGGUUUGUCCACUCUCACCGCUUUCUCCACUCUCGCCCAUCACCUCACCGACCUCACCAUCUUUCAUCACCAGCAACCUCCUAUCGUCAAGCAGCCACCAACACAACUCAUCCUCCUCGAACGAAUCGAAACCAGAGAGAUAUGUCAACAGUAUUUUCAACUCAAUCAUCAAGCGAGAACCUAAUUCCGCGCUAUCCAACAGCAGUAACAGUAUUGGCAGCAACAGUAACACUAACAACGAUCUACCAUAUUCCAAAUCGUUGUCGCUAUCAACAUCAGCUUUAAAUACCACCACCACACCAACUUCGAUCGCAUCGUCAUUACCCUCCAUCCCAACACCAAUAACAUCAUCAUCAAUAUCAACAUCUUUAACAACACCAACUUCAGUAGAUUCCAGUCAAUCCAUUGGAUCACCUCAAAUUACAUCGCUGACGCCUUACAACUCACUGCAGGGUGCAGCUCAGCAGAAUCAGUUGUUACUAGUUGCAACAGGUGCCAACAACAAGAAGGCCAAACGUUUCACAAUGGAUCCAAAUGUUCAGAAACAUUUCCAACUGACGGUUUGGCACGAAGAAGAAAAGAUGUUUUUCCGAGAGUUGUUUUGUGCGUAUGGUCGUGAAUGGCAUAUCAUAUCGACGUUGAUGUGUGGCACAAAGUCACCGACACAAAUCAAGAAUUUCUACUAUGAUGUACGUCUCACUUUGUUGGCACCGUUGUUUGGAUUGUCAGCAGAUGAAACAAGAUCACGUAUAACACUACCACAUCAAUCGAUUUCAUCAGGUACAGCAGCAAAUGGCAGUAGUAGUGCAAAUGGUACUGGUACACCCAACCCCAGUGCUUCUCCACAACCGAAAUCACCACAAUUACUUCAACAAUUACAACAACAACAGAUUCAAAUACAACCAACUCAGCAACCACAACAACAGCAACCACAACAACAAUCAAUCUUACCAACUCAAACAGAUGAUAGUAUUAUCUCCACUACUACAACAAUUACAACUACCACCAAUAAUAAUGGCGUAACAACUACCACCACAACAACUACUACCACUUCACCAACUAUCACAUCGAUUCCAUUCAUUCAUCCAAGUAACAAACGACAUCUUGCAGUUAGUGAUGACGAUCUUAAAUCGAAAAAGAAAUCAAGAUCUUCUAAAAGAACAUUUAGAUUCGGUAGAUUUACAAGUGCGUCAACAAGAAUUCCAAAGAAUUCUGUAAAGGUCAGUAAGAAUAAGGUACAGGAAGUAAAUCAAUCGGUAAAGUUCCCAGUUGGUUCGGCAGCGUUCUAUUUCUAUCAACACUCUGAGGUAUUCCCACCUGGAAAGUGGUUCGAAGUGAAAGUGUUGGAUGUUGGCGAUGCCUCCACACCCAAACAGACAACAAACAACACACUUCCAAUUGAACCAAAGAUGGAAGACAAUCUAAACGGUACCAAAUACAAGGUGGUUAUGUUCAACAUGAACAAGACCAAAGGUUUCUGGGUGAGCGAAGAGGAUUUGAAAGCGGAACUCGAUGUCGGUGCUGAGAUUUGGGAAUUCAGUGCCGAUCCACUGGCAGAAGACGAGUUGCUACAACAGCAACAACAUCAGCAACAAGUUCAGCAGAUCUCACUCAUGCAACAGCAGCAACAACAACCGACACCUCUCCAGUCAUUGUUGCCACCACCCUCGCUCGAUGCCAACGUCCAAGACUCUGUUGGAAAGAUGGUGGAGUCACUGUUGCCAACGACCGAUCGUCUCAAACUCCAACAGUGGCUGGAAGGCAAGUUGGAUAACAUGCAACCGAAUCCAAGUUUCAAAUUUCCGACACUGGAGAAAGGCGAACCUGGUACUCUGACCAGAGAGAUCUAUGAUAUUCCUGCAUUUUCAAUGGAGUAUCUCAAUUGUGGAUCGAUCUCAAUCUCUAGCAAACAAAAGUGUUUCUUUGAGUGUAUUUCUUCGACAUUUGAAGAGAAAGACUUUAUCGCCAUCAAUUUCUCAUCGAUCUUUGGAAGCUGUCAAUUCAUAUCGGACAUCAACAAUCGUACCUACAUUACAGAGCUUUUCGACAAUAUUUUGAAGGCAUCCGAUAUCUCAGUGUCUCUUGUCAUAUCGAAAUUUGGAUCGGGACUAUUACCAACCAAAUCCAAUGCCAACCUAACCUCGUCAUUGUCAUCUUCGUCAUUGCUUCAAAAUUUGAUACCAACAACAACAACGACAGCAAUAGCAACAACUUCAACAGCAACCAUUCCAAUUGUAAAGACAGAGCCAACAAAACCAAUUAUUCAAAAUACUCCAACAUUGACACCUACAACAACAGCGACAACAACAACAACUCCAGCAGUAGUUCCAACUCAAACAACAUCAACUCUAACAUCGACCCUAACCCCUACACCAACAACAACAAAUCCAACACCUACUUCCACCCCUGCAACAAGUGUUGCGGCUGUUAAAGUUGAAUCAAAUGUAGCUCAGGUAAAACCAGUUGUAAAGAAGCAGGUUGAGGUUGCUCAAGCUACAACCAGUACUGUUCCCAUCUCACCGGUCAAAUCGACCACAACCGUUGUCCCAUCGCCAGUUGCAAAGUCUAGUGCUCCAGUUCAACAUACUAAUUCAAGUGGAGAGCCAACAACGACAACAACAACAGUUGUUCCAAAAUCAACUCCAUCAACAAGUGCAAGACCAAUAGCAAGUAAACCACCAGCUCCUAAUCCACACAGCUCAGCACCAUCCUCAAUUCCAACAACAGCAACAGCAGCAGUUGUCUCCCAAAAGCCUGCAGGAACUCCAAUGACCUCAUCAAAACCUGCAGCAACCACCACCACAACACCUGCUAACCAACUUAAAGUAGCUGGAGUUCCUUCAACUGCUGGCGUUCCUAUUAAAACAGUUGUUGCAUCAAAACCAUCUGCCUCGUCAACAUUGGUACAAUCUACUAUCAAACCAGGUGCACCAGGAUCUGUUAUAACAUCUAAAUCAAUGGCAUCAUCAACAACACCUCAAACUGCUACUUCCACCUCCACCACCACCGGAACCAAACCAAUAGUAACUACAUCAUCUUCAAAACCACUUGCUACCAGUGGAGUACCAGGAUCUUCAAUACCACCAAAACCAAAAUCGUCAAUGCCUCAAGUCAUCAUCAAUGCCAACGGCCAAAAGAUCUACACCUGUCCUUGCUGCGUUGGAAAGAAUCCACCCUCUGUCAAUCCGAAUCAAGUCUCACACCUCAAGCCAAAGCCUGGUAUGGUAACGGCCACCAAGCCAAUGCCCAACAGUAGUGUCACCCCGGGUGCCACUAAACCACCACCAUCAUCUACCUAUGUAAUGUCCAAAACUGCACCAACUCCAACCAAUGGAGUAUAUGCUAAAACUGCUGCAACAUCGAUUGCUCCAGGAGUAUCAAAUACAACAACAACAACAACGCCUACCACCAGUCCGACCAAACCAAUAAUCACAACAACACCACAACCCAAUAUUUCGAAACCAGCACCACCUACAACUAGUAUUGCUAAACCAACCACCAUGUCAUCUGUCUCAGUAUCAAAACCAAUUGCUACAGGAUCCAAACCAUCGGCAUCAACAACAUCAUCAUCAACAAUACCAACACAAACAACUUCUACAUCUGCUCCAUCUACUCCAUCUACCUCAACUACACAGCCAACCAAUAAAACAAAUACAACUCCAGUAACUUCCCCUCAAAAGACUAUCUCACCUACAAAACAACCAACAACAGCACCAACAACAAAUACCAAUACCAACACCAAUACAAAUACAAAUCCAUCUACAACGACUUCAAGCAUUUCAACUCCCUCUGUAACAUCAAGCAUUUCAACAUCAACACCAUCAUCUUCAGCCAGUACAACGCCAAAUACUACACCAACUACACAAUCACCCCCACAACCAUCCCAAAUAUCAACUACAAAUAGCGGUACUUCUACAUCCACUCCCAAUUCCACCCCAACUCCAACUCCAACCCCAACUACAAUACCUACAGCAGCAGCAGCAGUACCUACACCAACACCACUCGUUCAACCAACUCAUCCAAUUUCAAACCUGCCAACAAUAUCGAUGCCACUUCAAGUAAAUCCAUUAUCAGGCUCAUUAAACAACAAUUUCAAUCUGCUUUUCAAUCCAGACAAAAGUUCGAUCCCAUAUAAACUUUUCAUUGGAAAACGUGAGCUUCUACUAGAGUGUAGAAGAUUACUAAGAUUACAAUGCUCAAGAAUUUCAGAUUUAAAUAAGCAAAAUAUUGAAAGUGGUAAAGAUACAACCGAAGUGAUUCAAAAGAUGAGAGAAUUAACCAAUGAACUGUCGGUAUACAAGUUUCUACUCUUGGAGGCAGCAUCAGAAAGAUUCUCUGCCUACAAACAGAAUAUAGAAUGCAAACAAUUAUUAUUUGCAAAAACGAAUGAUUACAUAAAUAUGGACGAGUUUGAUGAUAUUAUUAAAGUAGAAGAGAACACCUACAUUGAUGCAAAGAAUCAAGGUAUUGUAGAUGGUCAAAAGUUAGGAUACAUCGAAGGUUAUCAACUAGGCUAUCAGAAAGGUACUGAAUUAGGUCAAGAGAUAGGUUACUAUCAUAGUUGUGUUACCAUGUGGAAUUAUUUAGCUGUUCAUUAUAAAGAUACACAUAAGUUUUCGCAAAGAGGAUUAACAAGUCUAAGUAAAUUAACAAAGAUGAUCAAUGACUAUCAAUUGGAUUUCAACGAUGAGAAUGUAAUGACUGCCCUGGGUGACAUCAGAUUAAAGUUUAAAUUGACAUCAGCACAGCUUGGCUUACAAACAAAAGAAGAUAAUGAAAUGUCUUUCUAG